ACCCUCUCCCUGAGAAAGAAGACUGUGGCAAAAAAAAAAAGAAAGACCGUGCACUUCCUUGUCGUCGCGAAAUUCGCCAUGGAUGCUCAACAACGGAGGACGGGAACCGAUCAACGUCCUCUGCCAUCUCCACCCAGUGAAGGUCCUUUUUCCAUUUUUUCCGUCCUCGCCGUUUUCAUCGCGAUCGCCAUCCUCACCGUGGUUAUAUCUCCUACAUCCAUCUUGCACCAAGUUCCUGAAGGUCAUGUUGGAGCAUAUUGGAGAGGGGGUGCCCUUCUAAACACAAUUAGCGAGCCUGGUAUUCAUCUGAAGUUGCCCUACAUUACCCACUAUGAGCCUGUUCAAGUUACCCUCCAAACAGAUCAGGUGAGGGAUAUACCAUGUGGUACAAAAGGAGGUGUCAUGAUCACAUUUGCAAAGAUAGAAGUUGUUAAUCGGCUGCGUAAGGAUUAUGUGUAUGAGACUUUGUUGAACUAUGGUGUGAAUUAUGACAAUACGUGGAUAUAUGACAAGAUUCAUCAUGAGAUCAACCAGUUCUGCAGCUCUCAUUCACUUCAGCAAGUCUACAUUGAUAUCUUUGAUCAAAUAGAUGAAAGGAUGAAAGAUGCUCUUCAAGCUGACUGCACACGUUAUGCUCCUGGAAUUGAGAUCAUCAGUGUCCGUGUCACAAAGCCGAAAAUUCCAGAGAGUGUAAGGCGGAACUUUGAACAAAUGGAAGAGGAACGCACAAAGGUUUUGAUUGCUACGGAGAAACAAAGAGUUGCGGAGAAAGAGGCUGAGACAAAGAAAAUCAUGGCCAUUAGUGAGGCUGAGAAAAAUGCCAAAGUUAGCAAGAUUUUGAUGGAACAGAAGCUGAUGGAGAAAGACAGUUCCCGCAGAGAACAAGAAAUCGAGAAUCAGAUGUACCUUGCUCGUCAAAAGAGCCUUGCAGACGCCGAUUACUAUCGUGUACUCAAAGAAGCUGAAGCCAACAAGAUGAAGCUUACCCCUGAAUUUCUCGAGCUCAGAUUCAUCGAGGCCAUUGCUGAUAACACUAAAAUUUUCUUCGGCAACAAGGUACCUAACAUGGUAUUGGAUCAAAGGUUGCUUGGAAACUUCCUCAAACAAGUGGCAAUAAACACAUCUGACGAUAUCUGAGCCGGAAACUAACUCGGGUCACCACAAAACCUCUCUCGUCUUUGUUUCAUAGUUUCAAGUGUUACAAGUGCGUAUUUAUUUGCAUCACUCACUACACUUCGUCGGCGUCUCCUCCUAUGUGUGAAACAAAUAACAACAUUUUGGCUGGUUGAUUCGGGUUAGACCAGCCCACGAGUUGUCUCAAGACAUGCAGGUUCAGACCCUCUCCCCCGCUUGGUAGAACUGUGGUCACUCCCUGCUCUGGGUUGGUUCUGGUCGGGUCGGAUCUUUUCAGUCCCUGGUUUACUUCGGUUAUGACCGGUUAAGCCAAACCGGAAUGUCCAUCUUGUGGCCACGAGCACGAGGUGUUGUCCUCCUUAAAUUAAUGAUGAGAUACACUUUUGUUUGGUUUUCUAUAUAAAAGGAGUAAAUUUAAUCUUGUCUUAAUCAGAUUAUUAAGAUGGUCAAUCUUCAAUAAAAUAAAGUAAUUAAAAUUGUAAUU